AUGCGCCUCUCCGUUGUGUUCGGGACGGCUUCGAGCCUGGCGCUAGGGCGGAGCUCCUUCGGGGCGGUCCUAGGAACCCCGAGUGAAAAUCGUAGCUUGCUCCUCAGAUUCUCCCUGAACCUGUCAGAGACAUCUCCCCCAGAACUGUCAUCCCUGACCCUCCAGAGCAACUUGAAGGAGACAGUUGUGCCUCCAGCCAGCAGGAAGACCAAGAAGAAGGAAGGUGGUGCUCUUCGUGCACAGAGGGCCUCAUCCAAUGUCUUUUCCAACUUUGAACAGACACAGAUUCAGGAAUUUAAAGAAGCAUUCACACUCAUGGAUCAGAAUAGGGAUGGAUUUAUCGACAAGGAGGACUUGAAAGACACCUAUGCCUCCCUAGGCAAGAUUAACGUCAAAGACGAUGAGCUGGAUGCUAUGCUGAAGGAGGCCACAGGCCCCAUCAACUUCACCAUGUUCCUGAACCUGUUUGGAGAGAAGCUGAAUGGGACAGAUACAGAGGAGACAAUACUGAAUGCCUUCAAGAUGCUGGACCCAGAUGCCAAAGGGAAAAUCCACAAGGAUUACAUAAAGCGUUUGCUGAUGUCCCAGGCUGACAAGAUGACUGCAGAAGAGAUCGAUCAGUUGUUCCAGUUUGCUUCCAUUGAUGCAGCUGGAAACCUGGACUAUAAAACUUUGAGCUACGUCAUCACCCAUGGGGAGGAGAAGGAAGAAUAA